AUGGAUGAAAAGGCAAGCCCUAGCUGCCAAUGGCCUGUAAGCCAAGAGAGCACACGAGUGAUCUUACCACAACUGGCCCAAGAGCCCGAGGCUAUUGAUGAAAUGCACGAUUCACAGCACUUAGAAGAUCCUGAAGAUUCAUCGGACGAGAUAAAGUAUCCGAAGCCUUGGAGACUCGCACUCAUUACCUUUGGACUAUGUCUAGCUAUUCUAUGCACAGCUUUGGACAACACCAUCAUCACGACUGCUAUCCCCGAGAUAACAAAACAUUACAACUCUUUACAAGAUGUUGGCUGGUAUGGAAGCGCGUAUUUGUUGGCAUCGUGCGCGCUGACUCUACCAUUUGGCAAACUAUACACAUUCUACUCUACCAAAUGGGUCUUCAUGGCCGCCCUUGGCGUCUUCGAGGUUGGCUCGCUAGUUUGCGCUCUCGCUCCCACCUCGACUGCUUUGAUCGUGGGUCGUGCUAUAGCUGGCCUAGGUGCAGCGGGUCUCUACUCAGGAGCAAUGAUAAUUAUAUCCCAGACGGUUGCACUUGAUAAGCGUCCGAUUCUGAAUGGGUUGCUGGGUGCCAUGUACGGCAUCGCGAGCGUUACAGGGCCCCUCAUGGGCGGCGCAUUUACCGAUUACCUCAGCUGGAGAUGGUGCUUUUACAUCAACCUGCCUAUUGGAGGAAUCACUGCUCUGUUUAUCAUGAUGUUUUUCCAAGCGCCGAAGUCCAUCAAAAACACGCAUGGAUUUAGAAACCAGCUGUCGCAGUUGGAUCUUGUGAGCAUGCUCCUCUUUAUCCCAUCAAUAACGUGUCUGUUGCUCGCGAUGCAAUGGGGAGGCAGUAAGUAUCCAUGGGGUGAUGGCCGCAUAAUUGCACUGUUCGUUGUCUUUUGCGUUCUCCUGCUAGCCUUUGUCUUCAUGCAAUGGUGGCGUGGAGAUUUGGCCACAAUUUCCCCACGACUCAUCAAAAAUCGUAACGUUUGGGGCGCGUCAGUUUUCAUCUUUUGCUUGUCUGGAUCAUUCCUCGUCAUAGUCUACUAUAUCCCGAUCUGGUUUCAAGCCGUCAAAGGCGUCUCAGCCACAAAAUCUGGUAUCAUGAGCAUCCCCAUACUUCUGUGCAUUGUCAUAACCUCUCUGUUGGCUGGUGUUAUUGUCACUACUCUUGGCUACUACACACCUUUUAUGCUGGUCGCUCCUGUCAUCACGGCCAUUGGGGCCGGGCUGCUCACCACCCUCCACGUUGAAUCGGGCCACACUGCCUGGAUAGGCUAUCAGGCAAUGGCUGGUAUAGGUGUCGGCAUGGGCCUUCAGCAAUCCAUGAUCGUCUUCCAGGCGGUACUUCCCAUGGCCGACAUCCCCAGCGCCACAACAAUCGGCCUAUUCGCGCAGUCCCUCGGUGGCGCAUUAUUCAUUUCUGUCGGUCAAGAAGUCUUCCAAACUAAGCUUCGCUCCAACCUAAGAUCGGAGCUACCAGGCGUCGAUACCGGAUUUGUUAUGCGUGCCGGCGCGACGAAGCUGAACAAAGUUGUCGAUGCGGCGGAUCUUCCAGUCGUGCUGGAUGCGUAUAGCAAGGCUAUUACGCAGACUUUCUAUGUUUCUGUUACUAUUGGCGCGUUAGCGAUUAUUGGGGCACUUCCUGUGCAGUGGAUAUCGGUCAAGAAGACAAAGUUGCAGUAA